AUGAAUACUCAAGAUACAAUUUUUCGUGUUGAUGAGAAAGUUAAAAUUGUAUUCCUCGGAAGCCCUAGCGUCGGAAAAACAUCAAUCAUGAAUCGUUGGAUAUGUGGCGACUAUAAUGAUCGAGUUUCUCCUACAAUUGCAGCGGCAAACAUUCAAAAAGAUAUCGUAAUCAAUAAUAAAGAAUAUACAGUGGUUGUUUGUGACACAGCUGGCGAGGAAAGAUAUCAUAGUUUAUGCGGAAAUUAUGUUCGAGGUGCACACUCAGUUAUAAUCGUUGCAUCUUACGAUCUUCCGUCAUCAAUGGAAGCUAUAAAUUCAUGGGUUAACUUAGUUUAUGAAAUUUGCCCUGAAACAACUCCAAUAAUUAUUGCAAAAAAUAAAAAAGACUUAGUUAAUGAAGAACAUUGUGACUCUGAAUACAACGGAUUCCCAUUAUUCCAUGUUUCGGCAAAAACAGGAGAAGGAAUCGAAAUGGUUUUUACAGAAGCAAUUUUUAGAGGAAUCGAGAACAUGGCAAUGGAAACAACAGCUACUGUGAAACUCGAAAGAGCAAAUACUUCAAAUCGCAAAGAAAAUACUUGUUGUUAA